AGACACACACACCGCCAGUCUGAUGGGGCAGGGCUUCAUGAGGGCGUUCGUCCACUCCCGACACUAUAAAAGCCGACUGAAGGCACUCGGCGCGCUAGUCGAGCGCAUCCGUUUCUCCAGGCUCCCAGGGUAUCACGAUGAACAAGUUUCUGGUUAUGUUCGCCAUGGUGCUGGUGGUGGCGCUGUGCGUAUCACCACUCUGGGCCAGUGCUGAGGCGGACCACCAUGGUGGCGGCCACCAAGGGGGCUACCACCAAGGGGGCUACCACCAAGGGGGCUCCCACCAGGGCCAGCACCACGGUGGGGGAAGCGGCCACCACGAUUCGCACCACGGCGGUGGCGGCCACGACUCGCACCACGGCCACCACGGCUGAAGCGCCGAGGCUGGC